AUGCCCCCGGUCAGUAAAUUCAUCAAGGACUACCUGGCAGGAAAAAUCAACGAAGAAGGUAGACUUAUUACAGAGGAGAACGUCUCUGCCAUGAUCCAGAGAAGAGACCUCCCCUCUAAGAAGACUGAUCCGGGAAUGUUCACGCUCCUAAUUUCGAUUGGGGAAAUUCAAGUGGAGCACGCGAUGUGCGAUUUGGGGGUGUCUAUCAACGUUCUACCAUACUCCAUCUAUAGGAAGCUUGGAGCGGCCAAGCUCGUCGACACUGACAUCAUGAUCCAAUUGGCCGACAGAUCGUGUAUUCACCCGGAGGGAAUUCUGGAAGACGUGAUUGUGAAGGUGAAUAACUUUCUGUACCUAGCUGAUUUUUUCGUAAUCAAAAUGACGGAGCCAGCCGCAAGGGAAUCGAGUGGAGUCCUACUGGGAAGGCCGUUCCUGUCUACGGCCAGCACCAUAAUAGACGUUUGUAAUGGGACGAUCAGCUUGGACUUCAAUGGAGAGCAAUUCACGUUCAAUAUCGAUAAAGCCAUGAAGAGGCCAGCCGACAGCGAGAACGUGUACUCGGCAGAUAUGACUGAGCCCUUAGUAUAG